CUGGUCCAUGAAAUUAAAAACGUUAAGUUCCCCUUCUUUGGAGAGAUAUUUAAGUUUGAUAAAAAUGGUGACUUUGUUAAUGGCUAUGAAAUUAUAAAUUGGUAUUUCGAUGACAAUGGUACAUCGUUCAAAAAAAUUGGAUAUUAUGAUUUUAUUAACAAUAAUCUUACACUAAAUUAUAGUCUCAUCAAGUGGAACACAUUAAACAAAACG